AUGAAGUUGUCUUUCUCUCUCCCUCCCAAAUCCAGAUCCACAGUUUUACCGAUUUCGGAGAAGAAUGAUGAAGGCAACGUCAAGGAGUUCGUCACUGAAUUCGAUCCUUCCAAAACCCUAACCGAUACCAAACCGAGAUACGUACUAAUACCUCCCAUCGAGGACCGUCGGAAGGUGAUCAAGAACAUCCAUCUCCCGCUACAAUCAGCUUCCGGUCUCAAAUUUGAGGCCGAUAAUAUUCCUCCCUCUGGUGGCUCCGAACAGAUCUCUUACGGUCUCAAUCUGCGUCAGAAUGUCGAGGAGGACAAGCCAGCUUCGAAGCCAGAGCCUGUGGAGCAGAUGUUACUGAAAAGUAUGAGGAAACAUCUGGAGUCGCUCCCUGAUGCGCCUCUAUUGGAAGAUUUCGAGAGCGUUCCUGUUGAGGGUUUUGGAGAGGCGUUGCUUGCUGGGUAUGGUUGGAAACCAGGCCAGGAAAUAGGUUUAAAACCUAAAGAGGAUGUUCAGAUUGUUGAACACAACAAGUGGGUUGGUCAUUCUGGAAUCGGCUUCAAUCCAAGUAAAGCUAGGGUUAAGGGUAAGAAUGCUACAGUGAAAGAAAGUGGCAAAGAGAUGAAUGUGUCUUUUAGUAUAGAGAAACUUGGUUCUGGAAGUCAAAAGGAAUGUAGAGUAGUGCGCAAACGAAGUAGAGAAACAGAGGGAGAGAGUCAAACUAGAGAGAAGACCACAUGGCUUAGGAGUCGUAUAAGGGUGAGAGUGAUAAGCAAGGAUGUGAAAAGUGGGAGAUUGUAUCUUAAGAAAGCAGUGGUGACCGAUGUGGUUGGCCCAACAACUUGUGAUAUCACUAUGGAUGAGUCGCAGGAGUUGGUUCAAGGGAUCGAUCAGGAGUUUCUAGAGACCGCAUUGCCCAAGCGAGGAGGGCCUGUGUUGGUUCUAUCUGGUAGACAUAAGGGUGUUUAUGGCAGUCUGGUUGAGAAAGAUUUGGAGAAAGAAACUGGUGUUGUCUGA